AAAAAGUGCAUGCAGUGUCAUUCUACCAGACGCUCAAAACAAAUAAUGCGUCUGCUCUGUGAUGGUUACUGUUAGUGAAGUAAACUUAUUGUUGAGUUUUCAAUUUGCCGUAAUAGGGCUUUCAAAUGGGUGAAUUGCUGGCGUGCCGCUCGCUGUGCCAUGGAGGUCCCGUUAGAUUUGACAUCAAGAAGAGACUCGGUAUGGCCUGACAGCGAUGUGGGGUCGGCGGGAAGCGCACUUGUGAAUAGUCCGCAGGCGGGGAGACACGCGGGCAUGGAGGACGCGCUCCCGGAGCGCCGCGCGCACGGAGCGCCAGGAGAGGGGGGCAGCGUGCUCGUCAAGGAGGAAGCGGGCGCGGACGGCUCCGAGGACGACGAGCCGGCGGGCGACUUGCGCGAGGUGGAAGCGAGAGGAGUGCCGGCGACGGAGGCUGCAGCGGAUGACGCUGCCGCCAACAAAGACGAGGAUACCGACGCUGCAGGGUUCGUUUCGCCCGACGUGAAGCCUUCCAUCAACAUCUCGGGCCUCGACAGAGUUUCGGCAAAGCUGAGCAUGCCUCUGUUGAAUGAUGGAGAAGAGGCCAAGGUAGAUGGAGGGACUGCAGCGUUCCUGUGCGAAACGAUGAUGAGCAUUGCCCCGGACAAGCGCGGGGCGAAGAUCGCGAAGCACUACGCGGCCAUCAGGGCCAACGAGACGGCGGAGGCCAUCGAGGCCCUAAAGAAGGCGCUCCACCGGGAGAAGAACUUCGCGUGCGGCGUCUGCGGCAACCUGUUCAAGGACCGGCGCAACCUGGGGCGCCACGUGAAGCGCAUCCACUGCGACGACAAGAAGUACCGCUGCGAGACGUGCGGCAAGGGCUUCUGCUUCGUGAGCCACCUGCUGCGCCACGCCGAGUCGCACUCGGCCGAGAAGAGGCACGUGUGCGGCACGUGCGGGCGCGGCUUCAACCUGCCCAGCAACCUGGAGCGCCACAUGAUCACACACUCACGCGAGAAGCCCUACGCCUGCCCCGUGUGCGGCGCGCGCUUCAGCCAGAACUACUACCUGCAGGCGCACGCCGUCGUGCACACGGGCGAGAAGCGGUUCGAGUGCGCCACCUGCGGCAUGAAGUUCGGCAACCGCAGCAACCUGCGCCGCCACUUCCGCUCGCACUCGAGCGAGAAGCCCUACGCCUGCCCCGUGUGCGACCAGCGCUUCCGCUUCUCUAACAACAUCUCCAAGCACAGGAAGAAGUACCACAAGGCGACGUGAGCCGGCCGGACGUACGUGAUGCGUAUCCGUGAGCGACGAGCACUUUCGCGAGACUGCAGUAACGGCUUGCCACUAGUCUGGUACGCUUUACGGGAAAUCUUUAUUUAUGAGCGUCGAGUAAUUUCGCGAGACUGCAGUUACGGCUUGCCACUAGUCUGGUACGCUUUACGGAAACUCUUCAUCGUAGACGCCAGCCGGCGGGGAAGAAACGUAAUGGGGGAGGGGGAAUCACGGCAGUUGGUUCUUUAAUGUGUUAAGCGUAUUCAUAGAUCUCAGUAACACCGUGGUUUGUUAUGUUCACAAAAGUUACAAAUUUGUUAUACCUUUGUAGUGAGUGUGGUCACUUUUUUUUUUUUUUUUUUCGAGGCUGCCGGUUACUAGAAAUUGUGCCAUGUUUUUAAAUUCCAUUUCUAUUUGGGCUUACAGACAAAUAAUUGAUGUAGCCUUCUUCACCCUAUUCUGUGCUCCGUAAUUUUUUUUUUUUUUUUUUUUUCGUGCGUCCAGUCAUGUAGUGGCUUCCUUCUUGACGGUUUCAAGUUGCGACUUACUGUAUUUUGUGCAUUUCAUUUUCAAAUUUCUCUUGUAAUAUUUUAGUCCUUAGUUUUUCAUGUUAAAAUCUUGCUAUCACUGGGCGACCACUUUCGUCUCUGAGCACGGGCACAACUCUGCUCCAGCACGCAAUGAAUUGUAAACCUUAUUAAAGCUUUACCGUGAUUGGUACCCAGGUGAGAAGAGCAGUCAGUAUGUGCUCUGACCGGCCUCUCAGUCACAACACAACCAUGCAGGCUACGUGCGCUUAAAAUUAGGGAUGUUUCGAUACCAGACACUCGUAUCAUACAUCAGCCAAUAUUCAGCACUCGACUGAUACCAAGGUAUUACAAGAGAUGUGUACACAACUUUUUUUAAAAUUCACUUUGAGUUUUAAGUUUUAAUUAUAUAUAUUUUCUUUAUUGAAUUAUUUUAACUACAUUAUUCAAGCAUAGCUUAAAAAUUAUCAAAUUAUUUACUGUUUAGCCACAAGUAAGAUGUAUAUCCAAGAAAUAACAAAUAAGUGAUCGAACAAUUUUCAAUGAACUGGUUUUGAAUUUAGAAUUUAAAAAAAAAAAAAUAGGUAUAUAUUCAAACAUUAUAUUUAUAUAAAAAAUUAUGUUUUCAGUAUUUAUUCAUUUAGUGUGGCCAGUAAUUGUAAAUGUUGAUUGUUGUAUCGGUGGUAGAAUAUCGGCUGUUGGGAUUUGAUAUGGGAAAACAUGGUAUUGAAACAGCCCUAUUCAUAAUCAGCCGCUUGUCAUUAGUAGCAGGGACAUUUUGCAGAUUUAAACACCAUCCGAAAAAAACUGAUACUUUGUAUCAGAGCCAUUUUACCUUCUGCAUUGGCUAAUCUUUGUUGUGACUAACAUCACGUGGACUGGGUUCAACCAAGACUUGGGCUGUCAUUAUUUGUUAGAGCACAUAUUUUCUAGUUAUAAUAUUUUUUAAUUAGAACUAUCAAUAUAAUAAACUGCAUAGAAUAAUUAUACAAUGUUAACGUUAAAAGAGUUUGUUUUUCCAAAAACCUUACGAUUUUUAUGAAACAUAGUUUAUGUAUAACCAUUAUCAGUGUAUUGUUUUCUCCACAUAGUUGACAUAAUACAGUUUCUACCAAAAGUUUAAGACCACCAUCACUCUUCCCAUAGUACGACUUUGGACAGAUAUUUUUGAUGCAAUUAGCAUCUUAAAUUUUUUUAAAUUUUCUAUGUGUAAAAGUACAUACUUUGGUGAAAAAACACUUGAAAUAUUCCGAUUAUUUAUUUAAUUACAAAUUUUAUAAGAAAACAGAAUAAUUAAAGUAAAGAACCUUUUUUUAUCUAAUACAAUAUUCUACAACUAAUUGUAAUGGCUGUACACAGUUAGUUAUAGAUUUUACACAACAUGCAUAACACUCUAAGGAAACUAUAGCUUAAUUGGUGGAAAUGAGCCAACCGCGAAAGUAACUUUUUUUUUGGGCGAUUUUUCACUCAUGUCCAAAUAAAAAAAUUACCAAUAUCUUCCUAUCAAAAGUUUAAGACCACCUGAUCAGGUAAGAAAAUACAUACUGUUACAAAGUUUUUCUACACUGAUACCACUGUAGUUAUAAAAUAAGGAAAUAUUUAUAACACUAAUUUUAUUAAAGUUUUUAGUAAUCUAUGACACCACCUGCAGCUUUAAGGCAUUCAUGUAUUCUAGUAGGCAUAAUGCGGACAAGAUUCUGGCGAGCCAGCAAAGUUGUGCCUGACGCAGUACGUAGUAUAUAAUUUACUCGCAAGGUAGCACUGGCGUACAAGUUCCUAUCAGUAGUGUUACAGGCACGUUAGUAGAACGUUUUUACGUUUGUUUAAUGUCGUUCGCGACACUUUAUAGUUUAUAGCAAUAUGGGCAAAACAGGUGUCCCAAACAGUGUGAAGUGGCAGAUUAUUGGCAUGUUCAAAUGUAACAAAAGUCAAAGAGAAAUAGCUAGUACUUUGAAUGUUAGUAAAACGUGCGUAGCACAAACAAUAGCCAAAUACCGGGACAGUGGUGAGGUGCACGAUCGACCUCGUAGUGGUAGACCGAAGGCAACGUCACCUAGACGACCGUGUACUUGCAAGACUCGCCAAACAAAGUCGGAAUGCAUCUGUGUCAGUACUGAGAACACGACUGCAAGAGAUAUGUGGUAAGAAGGUGUCAGCAAUGACGGUAUCUCGUCGAUUGCGAGAGCAGAGACUGCAUUCAAACAUGGCAGUAAGAAUAACCGCUUCAAACAGCUGUGUCCAGGAAAAACAGACGAAUUUUGAUGCCACCAGAAGAGAAAUUGGGGAAUGGAGAGAUGGGGUAAAGUGUUGUUCAGCGAUGAGUGCCGCUUCGAACUCUAUUCACGCGCCGCAUUCGUGUAAGCCGUACACCUACUGAGAAGUAUCUUCCCGAGUGACUCUCUUCCGCCGUGCAACAGGGCGGUGGUUCGAUCAUGGUGUGGGGCUGCAUAUCCAUGCAAGGGACAGGCUUCAUUCGGUUUACUGACGGUUCUAUGGAUUCCAAAGAAUACAUUGUGACGAUGAAGGAUGCCAUGCUGCCUUCUGCACACAAACUUCAUGGAGGUUAUGUCGUGUUUCCGCAAGACAAUGCUCCUUGUCACCGGUCCCGCCUAACAAUGCAGUGGUUCGAGGAGAAUGACGUCACACUGUUGCAAUGGCCAGCACGAAGCCCGGACUUGAACCCCAUCGAGAAUGUCUGCAGUUAUAUUGGAGCUAAACUAGCACAGUUAUACCAAAAAACAUACACGAACUCAGAACCAUGACUGCAACAUUUUGGUCAGACAUUUCCGUAGAAUAUUUCCAGAAUCUCGUCCGCCGUAUGCCUACAAGAAUAAAUUAAUGCCUUACAACUGCAGGAGGUGUCAUAGAUUAGUAGAUUACUAAAAACUUGAAUAAAAUAAGUGUUAUAAAUAUUUCCUUAUUUUAUAAUUACAGUGAUAUCAAUGUAGAAAAACUUCGUAACAGUAUGUAUUUUCUCACCUGAUCAGGUGGUCUUAAACUUUUGAUAGGAACAUAUUUGUUAUUUUUUUAUUUGGACAUGAGUGAUAAAUCGGCCAAAAAAAAGUAAGUUUCGCAGUUGGCUCAUUUCCACCAAUUAAGCUAUAGUUUCCUUAGAGUGUUAUGCAUGUUGUGUAAAAUCAAUAACUGUGUACAUCCAAUACAAUUAGUUGUAGAAUAUUAUAUUAGGUAAACAAUGUUUCGUAUUUUCCUUAUUUUAUUUUCUUAUAAAAAUUGUAAUUAAAUAUAUAAUCAAAAUAUUUCAACUGUUUUAUCACCAAAAUAUGAACUUUUACUCAUAGAAAAAAAAAAAUUAAGACGCUAAUUGCAUCAAAAGUAUCUGUCCAAAGUCGUACUAUGUGAAAAGUGAUGGUGGUCUUAAACUUUUGGUAGAAACUGUAGUUUAUGUAUAACCAUUAUCAGUGUAUUGUUUUCUCCACAUAGUUGACAUAGCUAAUACAUACCGUAUCUACCCAAAAAUAAUGUGACUCCAAAUUUUUUGAUUAUGAGGCUAUGCAAAAUACUUUAUGGGGUAAAAAUCACAAAUCAAAAGUAUAGAAACUAAAAAUUAUUUAAAAUAGUUAAUUUUAUAACAUUUUACUAACAGUUUUUCUGGUGCCAAUUUCUAUCACUAGAGUGAUUUACAUAGCCUUUUUUUGAAACAGCAAGCAGGCAAUUUGAAAAGAAAAGGAGUAUUAUGGGUGUAGUUCAUAAGCCACUGGUCAGAAAGCAAUGAAUGUUGCAAACACACAGUGGUCGCCUGGGAGAGGGAAAGCAUUGGGGAGGGGGUACCUUGGCUAGCAGCCCCAGCAGACUGACACACCCCUUUCCUCUACGAGGUUCAGCAAGCCCUGAACUAGAGCGGACUAAAGUGGCACAAGUGACGCAGUUCACAGGCAGAUCGUGCAGUUUUUCAACUAAGCGGAGAUUCAAGAGGCAGUGAUUAAUAGUGGUCUCACAUGGCAGUUAUCAGGCAGAGGGCGUGGUUUUCAAACUAAGCUGUUCCCCUCGUAAGAUAUCAGUUUACGAUUAUAGUGCGAUAUCCACUUUUAGGUUUAGCAGUUUUGGUAAAAACCAUCACAUUAUUUUCAGGUAAAUACAGUAGUUUCAAAACUCAUAAAAAUUAUUAUAGUUUGUCUUGCUGUAAUAGGUAUUUUGUUGCAUCUCGGUAAAACAUUAAACAACUUUAUUACGUUUGGGGUUGCAGCCCAAGGUCUCAAAAUAAACCCAAUAAUAGUCUGUUUUAUGUGGCGAAAAUACAUUGUACAGUGAUAAAUUAAAACUGUUGCUGGUUAAAGAGUGAACAGGAAAGUAUCCACAAAUUUCGUUAUUUGUUUAUAGUUUUCAUUCAAGGUCUAAGUAUGUACUGAAGUACAUCUGCAUGUACAUGAGGUAUGCUGAUUGAAUGGUUGGUGCCUAAAGGUUUCCUGUAUUUGUAUUAAUGUGUAUCUCUGCAAUUUGCAUGACUAAAUAAAAAAAUAUUGGUGCAUAUACUACUGUAUGCACGGUAGAAGUAAUACUUAAUUGGCAUAGUAAAAAAGUAAAUUUAAUUUUGCAUGCAAAUAAUUUAUGUAAAUAAAACAAUAAAAUGACAAGUGAUAUUAUAAAUACUGUUGGUUAGUAUGAAUUCAAUCAAAUUAAAAUUUUUAAAUAAAUUCUCAGUAUUCAAUGUUGAUAUAAACAAGUGUAUUAAAUUAAUUAUUUAAUUUAGUAAAAUAAUUGAGAUAUAUUUUAAUUGCUAAUGAAAAUCAAUUAAAUAUGCUGAAUGUUUAUUAUGAUUUAUUAAUUUUAAUUAUUUUUUAAAAUAACGUUAUGAUUUAGCAUACAAAUAAAUUAUACAUACAAGAACAUAGCUUCACUUAAAUAAAUACCCUUGUAAAAUUAAAAAAAAAAUUAUAUCACUAAUAUUCACAAUAAAAAAGGGUUUAUAACUUUUAUGUGUAUGUAGCUUUUUUUAAACCUGUGAAAAUUUUGUUGCAUGGUGCGUGGGCAUCGUAAAAAUUCACUCAUUUUUUUCAUAACAUGCCUAAAAAGUAUAACUUCAAAAAUGUAGCAGAAGAAAAACAAUUUAAUGAGAUGAUAGCAUUGUUGUUGGAACACACACUAACAUUUACCAAGAGUUUUACAGUCACAACAAAGUUAUAGUAAGAACAUAAGUGUCUCUAGACUUAAAUAUCCCUGUAUAUUUUUUUAACCCUCGUAUUUCUGUAGUUUGUUUUAGAAAAAAAAUACAGUUGGACUUAUAAUGUUUCUAUGGAAGUGUUUCUAUUUGUUCUGCUGUUUAGUACUUAUCUUGUAAAAAAAAACAACUAACAAAAUAUGCCUUUUAGCUGAUGACAUGAAUUUGAAACUGAAAAUGCAUGUGAAUUAGUGCAUUAAUUUUCUUAAUGCUGAAGGUGAAACCCUAUAUUCUGACUAUUAAAAAAAAAGUUUUUUUUUUUUUUUUUUUACAUUUCUCUGUAAAACACAGGACAAAUGUAAUAAUUGAUCCUAGUAAGCUUGCUUACCCAUGACAUUGUAGGAAUACUAAUUGUAAACACAGCAAUGCUCCAUAUUUCUGAAUGUUAUUGCUGAUCAGUGUGCACUUACGACCUUACCUUCCCUGCAAAUACAUGUUGCAUUUUGCUGCAACUUAUGAUGUUUACUUUAUUUUAUAGCCAAAUGUAGGUUGUGAUUAUGAGUUGUAUACAGAGACUGAUAAAGCUAAUUUAGCAGUGAGAAAUUAACAUGAUGUAUGUUCUUUUUUAUUAUUUGAACACAGCAUUAUGGUGUCAAAUAUAAUUAUAUUUUUUUUAAUGAUCUGUGCUCCAAGAUUGUAGAAGUUUUUUUUUAAAUAACUGUCUUAAGUUCCUUCAUGAUUUGGUUGUUUAUGUACUAGUUGUGUUUGGAAAUCAUGUACAUUUUGAGUGUUACUUUAUGAUACAAACAGCUGAGAUAGUGUGUUAAAAUUAUGCUUUGCUAAGUGUUAUAAUUUUUUUUGUCAGUAUUUUUAUAGACUGUUGCUUUUUGAUGCAGUUUAACUGCUACAUUGUGGAAUAUAAUUUGUAACACAUGACGGAAUGAAUUACAGAGCUAUAUUUGUUGACAUGAUUUUAUUGCAGAGAAGUUUUUAUUUUAAUAUUUACUAUAAAUUCUGUGUAUUUUUUUAAUAGGCUUAAAUCAUUAUUGAACUGUACAGUAUAGUUAUGAAAUUUUUUUCUGUGAUUUAUAAAUGUAAUUUAUGUAAUUUGAAUUUUUUUAAAUGAUAUAGUAUGUUAUUUUUAUUACUAUUUAUAUUAUUGUACAAUAAACAGUAAUGUGGUUACUAAUAGUUAAUUGUUAAAACCUUUUAAAAUAAAUGGUUCCUUGCAGUAUUAACGUGUAAGUAGAGAAGGUGGAUAUAGCAGUUGUGAUCAGAAUACAUACAUACUUUGAUAGGAAAGUGAUCAAAAGAGGCUAAUGUUGCUGUUGUUUGUAGACAUAACACUCAACUGUAGUAGCUGCAUACUUCCCUUGUAUUAGAAAUUGGCUGUCU